UAAUGCAUAGUACAGAAAUCCCUGAUCCUUAAAAAAUAGAAGAAGCAUUUAACAUAAUUAUGACCACUAAAAAUCAAUAGAGUGGAAAAGAAGCAGAUUCCUAUUUAAGAAAUUUGGAAUAAAAUUAUCCAUACAUUUUAGUGUCACUUAUUUAGAUUUUUGAAAAUAGUUAGGUAUUUCUUUAAAUUAUAAUAUAUUUAAGGUUUAUUUAAAUAAAUUCUAAGCAUUAUUAUUAAUCAAAAAUAUUAUAGUUAGAAAUUGGACUAAAUGUUAAUUAAAAGAUAGUCAAAAAAUAUAAUAUAUUUCAGAAGAAUUAAAAACUCAUGUGAAGGAUAAAAUAAUAUCCUUUUUAGGAGUUGUUUAAGAUGAUAAAUUUAAAACAGAAAUUAAUUUGAUCCUAGGAGUCAUUGCUAAACAUGAUUUCCCUAUAAAAUUUUAAGGAUUAGGAAAUUUUUUUAUAUAAGGACUUCAAACUAUUAUAUAAAGUGGAUCAACUAAUAGUGCUAUGACUUAUGAUCUAAUUGUUACACUCAAAGUAGUUUAAUAGAAUGUAAUUUUAAAUAGAAAUAGUAUUAAAUAUAAUUAUAAUAUAGCUGCAUUUAAACUAUAAUAAAUUUAAUUCUUUUAGGCAAUUUGGAAUAAUCUAUUACUUCUUUGGAAGAAUAUCACCUAAUUACAAUAAUAAGAAUUGUAAUAAAAUAUAAAUAAUGAUUCAUUUGUUAAUAAAAUCUCUAAAAAAUUGGAUAGACUAUUAUCAUUAUCAAUAAUGUCCUUAAAUUAAGAAUACGAAUAGUAAUUAUAUAAUAAUAUAAUAUUUUAGAGAAAAAAUACAUUUAGUAUUUAUGUUAUUGUUAGAAAAAACAGCAUUUCUAUUAAAAAAUAUAUCGUAAUAAAAAUUCUUAUAACCAAAUCUUAAAACUUUGAUUCAUAGUUUAGGUAAUAUUUAAAGUUUAUUCUCAUUCUGUAUUAAUUAAGGUUUUUAAGAUUAUUUAAUUUUAUUAAAAUUAAUAAUAUAGAAUGAAUGGGAAGACAAAAGAGUUUUAAGAACUGGUUUAAUUGGAAUAUUAAAAAUACUAAAAUCUUUAUUGUUUUUUAGAGAUGAACAAUUUUAUAAAAAGAAACUUUAAGAAGCUAAUUCAUAAUAAUUUAAAUAAACAAUCCAAUCAAUUAAUUAGCUCUUAAAUUCAUUCUUUUAAGAGAAUAUGUAAUUCCUAAUUGAAUAACUAAUAAAAAUUGCUGCAAUACCAACUGAUCUUAGUGAUGAAGAACUUAUUGAAUAAGAAGAAGAUUUAACAAUUGAUGAUGCAAAAAAUGAAAUGUAAUGUCCUAUAUUUACAAUUUGUUUAAUAUGUUAAGAUCAAUUAAUGUAAAGAUUUCCAGAGUUAUUCAUUUAGAAAAUUACUGAAAUAAUGCAAUAAUUAAUAAAUAGUAAUUUUAAUGCUAGUUAAUAAAUUUUGGAGAGCUUCUUUGCAUUAUUAGGAUCAACACCAAGGUUAACUACAAAAUUAAAAAUAUAACCAAUAUAAAUUUAACCAGUUUUAUAAUAUUUAAUAAAGACAAAUACUGUUUAAUGUUAGAGAAGAUUUGCAUUCUUAUGUAGAAACUAUUGUAAUUGUUUUAGUGAUUCUGAAUUACCUUAAAUAUUAGAAUAUGCUAGAUUAUUAUUAAGCAAUUCAUAAGAUUAAAUAGUUUAAUAUUAAACUUUGAUGUGCAUAAAGAGUAUUAUAUAAUAUUUAGGUCCUAAUUUUGAUUUUAGAAAUAUUACAUUUUUUGAAUAAGUUGCACCUGUAAUUGUUAAAUUAUUAUGUAAUUUAUAAAAAUCAAAUAUUUUAUGGCCAUUGUUGUCUUUAUUAGAAAAUCUAAUUUAAAAAUAUUCAGAAACUAAUGUAAAUUCUAUGUAAAUUUUGGUUAAAGUUAUUGAAAACUCAGAUAUCAUUUUAUUAAUGAAAACUAAAUCAUUAUUAUUAAUAGGAGCUUUAUGUGAUAUGUUUCUUGCAUUAUUUGUUUCCUUUCCUUUAGGAUCUAAUUUAAGUCAUUUAUUUAAGUUAGCAAUAAUUUUGAUUGAUACUAAUUUAGACUCAAAAGAAAAUAAUAUUUUUGAUUUAUUACAGUUUUUAUUAUAAGAAUAUGAUCCUAAUUCAGACAAUAAUGCAACAGGUAUUUUAUUUAGUAAUUUGUAUUUAACACAUGAAAAGGAAUUUAUGGAAGAUACAGAAUUUAGUCAUAUGUCAACAAUAUUAAGAAUCAUUGAAGAAUUAUUAUUAUUAAAUCUCAUUUAAUUGACACCAAAUAUAUUUAAUCUUCUUUAAGAAAGAUUAUAGAUUGCAUAAUCAAUUAAUUCUUAUGAUAUUGCUAUGAUUUUAAAGAAGAGUUGCAUAAGUUUAUUGGAAACAAUAAUAUUGAAACAAUAUGAAAGUAUAACAGUUCAACAAAAUUAACAGAUUAUAGUAUUUUUAAUCUAAGAAUUACUUAAAUUAAAUGGAGGUGAUUAAGUUGAUCAAAUGUAUUACACUAUUUAAUAUAAGAAUAAUAUAUUGGAAAUUCUCAAUAGAUUUAUAUUAAAGGAUAUUAUGAGUAUGAUUUAAGUAUUUAAUUCUGUUUCAAUAUCAAUAGAUUAAUAUUUUAUUUUAUGGUAAGAUACUGCUUAAAAUAUUAUAAAUAGGGGAAAUAGAAAAAUAAAUGUAAUUUCUUAAUUAUUAUUCCUCAAAUAUCUUUAAAAAUCUACAUUCGAGAAAGUAUUUUAACAUGUACUCUCAGAAGCAUUUCCAGAAAUUGAUUAUGAUUUUGAUCUGAGAUCUAAGGAAUUUAGAGAUUUACAAUAAUAAAAUAAAAAAAAAUUAGCUAAUUCCAGAUAAACUAGAUUAUCUAAAUAGUUUAGAAAUAAUUAUAGGAAGGAAAUCUUAUAAGAACUUUGUUUAUAUGAUGAAACAUUUAAUUUAAGGUAAUUCUUCUUUUCAACAAUAUAGGUAAUUUUUUAUUUAUAUUUAAUUAGGAAUGUAUGAAACUCCAUAAUUACUCUGAAUUAACUUAGAUUAUCAAUAUUCCAUCAAUUAUAGACAAACUGAAUCAAUUGAUUAAUGAAAAAUGAA